UGCACUGUGGUUCACAUGUCGACAGGUUUUACUAUCAGUUCACAAAGUGGAGCCGGUGACCAUGGCUGAGGAUGUGGUUGUACCCGAGGAGAAUUUAAUAAGCAGUCUGACUCUUUUGGUGAACUGGGGAAAAGUUCUUUUAGAUGAAGCUAAAAGACAAGCAGCAGAAUCCCUGGAGGAUUUUGUCCCACAUAAGAUCAGCACGUUGUUCGGCCUCAUCACAGCCGGGGCAGACUUCUACAGAAGCCUUGGAGUGAAGAAGAAGAGCGAAGCAGAGGCCAUAUGGCAGAAGUCUUAUCACCAUGCAGCAGUGAGAGAGCAAGUGGAUGAGCUUCUGCAGUUGGAGACUGAGUGGGACUCCUUCCUGGAGGGCGUGGACAGAGAUCUGCAGACGACAGACAGACGGCUCUCAGGAGCGAAGACAGCUGACCACCUGAGCCCUGAAACCGCGCUCACUGAUGCACGGAGUGGAAAAAGUGUGACUCUGGGUGACUAUCUGAAUCAGGGGCAGAAGCUGCUGCUGGUUCUCAUCAGACAUUUUGGAUGACUGCCAUGACGAGACCACUUGGCCGAGCUGGAGGCCAGUCAGGCUCUCCUAGAUGCUCGGUCACUGAAGGUCUUGGUGAUCUCUUUUGGUGGUGUGGAGGGAGCGAAGUUGUGGUUGGAACAGACUGGAUGUACUUAUGACAUGCUGCUGGAUCCCCAGAGAAAGAUAUACAGGAGUUUCGGCCUGGGGUCGUCCUACGCUAAGGUGAUGAAGUUCAGCUGCCUGCUGCAGUACUCGGAGUACUUAGCUGUUGGAAAAGACUUUCCUGACGUCCCCCCUCGCCUGAUGGUGGAUCUUUACCAGAUGGGAGGCGACUUUGUGCUGAAUGAAGCAGGGAAAGUUCUCCUCUCUCACCCGUCUGAAAACCCUCACGACAGGCCGACUGUGAUGGGCAUCCUGCAGGCUGUGGACCCAUCAAAGCUGUAACAGAUGCCUGAACACUGGAGGAACACCUGGGGUUUAAAUGGUUAACUAAGCACUGACACCACAGAAGAAGAGCAGCUCUUUGACUCUCGUUUAUGACGUCACGUCUCCCAUUCAUGACAUCAUGAAGAUGCGUGACCGAUGCAGAGCUGUGAGGCGGAGACAUCUGCUCCUCUGAGUUUAGUGUCAGUGCUGCAGUUUUGAUAAAAAUGUGGUACUACUGCUACUGGAUAAAUUUGUGAUUAUGUUUAAUUUUAAUAUAAACUGUCACUAAUCAUUGUCACUCUGUGGAUAGAAACUCACGGUUACAACCUAUAUAAAACAGAUUGUUGUCAAAUUUUAAUUAUCUGGACUUUCUUAGUUGCAGCUCAAACUUUCAUGGAGGAUUUACACUUUUUCAGUUUGUUUUACGUUGCAUGGAUGCAGUAUUUCUGCUGCCUACUUCAUAAACUGAUUUUCAAUCAUCUGUCUGGUUACAGGAGAUGUUAAAUGAACAACAUUUUUGCUGCUACAUCCUUUUUCUAAUGUGAGCUAUAAAUUUAGAUAGAUUUUAGUUAGAGCAGCUCUUAGACAUUAAAUGACAACUGAUUCUGUUAAAUAGAUCUUCCUUUCAAUAGCUCAAUCAAUAGAUUUAAAGAGCAGAAACUUGAUUAUUCAUAAACGAUGAACCAGAUCUAUGAGGAUGAUGUGGUGAUUAAGUAGAAGAUGGCUGGGUAUCAGGCUGUUGGUUUUUCUCAUACGCACAUGCACAAAACUCCAGAUAAUUGCCUGAAAUUUACUAAAUGUGCUGCAAAUGUGACCAUGUCUUAACCUGGACCUUUACCUGCCAGCACCCUGGUUAAUAUCUAGCAUGAAGUGUGGUGAAGUUGGUGUGUAAAACAGAAAACAUCCAGAGAAAUGUACUGAGAUAGUGGGUGAAAUCGAUGUGUCUACAUCAUAUGACUGGUGCUAUUGUUGUGCCUGCAGUGAAGCCAAUUCAUACUCUA